AUGAAUAUGCAAAAGAAUGAUCUUGAUAAGAUAGUUAGGGAAAGAUGUGUGCAUCCAAUGGAAAUAUUUUUAGAAUUGAGGAAAUUGGAUGUUUCUCCUUCAGAAGUAGCAGAGAAGUACAUAUUAGUAGGUUUAGACCAGCUUUAUGGUUUAGAUUCCAAGGAAGUAAGAACUGAGUAUGUAAGUAAAAUGAUUUUUAAUUCUAUUCGGAGAACCAAAAAGUUAAGUGAUAUGAUUUAUGUAGAAACUAAGAAUGGAGGAAGAAAUGUGAGUUAUGAAGAUUGUAAAAUGAUUAUGGAUGAGAAUAAGAUGUUAAAAAUGGACCCUCUUGGAAGUAUUUCUGAGGACUAUGGAGAAUGGCUUAAAGAGAGUCUAUCUAGGCAUUUUGGAAGAAUGGUAGAAUGUGAUAAAGAGGUCAUUAAGAGUUUGGCAGAACAGAUGAACCAGUUUUUGAGUAUAAGUAGAGCAAUUAGUGUUGAAGAUGCAGGAAGCAUGAAGAGAAUUAGUGACGUUUUACUAGAGGAUAACGUAAUAGUGAGAUCAGAGAAUAAAGGAUUGUAUGAGAUGGGAAAGCUGAGUAAUGCUGAAGUAAUUAAUUUUCCAGCCACAUUGUUGAAAUUAAGAGAAUCUGUCCUAAAUUUAUCCCAGGUUGUGGGAUUAAAUAGUACUAAAGGAAAAGAGAUGAGCAUCCUUCAUGAAGGUUCAAGGUAUAUGAGCAGAAGACUGAUGAUGAAUAAAGAACAAGAGGAGGAGAUUUAUUUUGGGAAGAACUUGAAAGAAGUUUCUAUUGAAAGAAGUUACAGCCUACUUUUUAAAGAAGAUUCUGGAUCAGAGUUGAGAUCUAUGGUACAGAAUCUAAGCGAAUUUUUAAGAAGUGGAACUGAAUUUAACUUGUAUGGACGAAGAAUGAGAAUGAUUCAGUCAUCGAAACUAGAGAACGUAUUUUCAAGUACAUUGAAGUUCAUUUCGCGUGAAUACUUUAAUAUUGAGCAAACAAACUUGAUCAUGAAUUUGUGUCUAAGAAUAAUAAUUAAGUUAAGUAAUAUGUCAUUUCUAUUGGAAAUCUUGCAAGAACUUACAGAACUUAAAGAUCUAAUAGGAGACCAGUUUGUUUUAGAAAUUGAUUCUUUAGUUUGGAAUAAACUCCAAUUUAUAUUGUUGGCAUCCAGUUUUGAUCUUCUGGUACACGAUGAACAGAAUGAUAGUCAUGAAAAUCUCAGAAAAAUUUCAAACUCCUGGCGAGAUAAGGAAGAAAUCUUGGGAUUACCCUUUUCAAGACAUUUAGUAUUUGAAAAGAUUCCACUUUUUGGUUGCAACAUUAUCCAGUUUCAUCUAAUUUCAGAUUCUAGAGUUUUCAACGAAGCUAUUCAAGAAGAUCUUGUUAGGUCUCGAAUUGAAAUUUCACUGGAAAUGCCCAAUAUAGAGGAAAUUGGUCAUUUAAGGUCUCCUAAACAAAGUAAAGGUAUUCCAAGUCUAAGAAAGUUUGACACAUCUAUUAAAGGAGGAAAGGAAACAAGACCUUUGGGAACCUUGCUUAUGUUGGAGUUCUGUGAUAACAGGAUAAAUAUCUACGAAUCCAAACAGAUUAAUGGUUUUUGUCUUGCAGGAAAUAAUGCCUCUAUUUCAUGUAGCUCAGGAAAUACAGGGACCGGAAGUUCCAUGGAAUGGAAAUCCACUAAGCAGUUGGAGAAAUCCUUUGUAGGAGAUUAUUUGGUGGAACUUGUGACUUAUAUUGAGACUCAAGGAACUAAGACAAUUCAGAACUGUUUUUCUAUCUUAGUAAAUGGAGAAAUAAUCCAUACUCUUCGAUUCUCCAAAGAAAUUAUCAACAAUUUAAAAGUUCAGGUUACUAUGAUAGAUGAGGUUUUUCUUGAAAUUCAAAACUGUGAGAAUUUAACCAAAAAACUUGUCAAAGAUAUCUUAUUGAAGAAUGGGAUUAUAGAUGAUUUUAUUACAGAGACUCAAAUAUCAGACCAAGAAUACAACAAGUCCAUAACUGAAAAAAAUCAUGAGAAUCAUAUCGGAGUUCGUAUUUCAAUUGGAAGUUUGUUAAUAUUUCUAUCCAGUUUAUGGAGAGGCAGAAUUAUUAAGGACCCUAGGGCUAUCUUUGAGCUCCACUCAAACCAUUAUUAUAAUCUAGGGGAGGACAUUAUGGGUAAUGAUGACAUGUCAAAACUCCUUAGAAUUUUAAAUCAAGAACUUAAUUUCAUUACAAAGUAUUGUACAGAUAAGAAAAAUGAACAAGAGUUUCAAAUAUCUGAGAUUGAAUCUGAUAUUCAAUUGGUUUUGAAUCUCAUAUUCAUUCUUAAGAACUUUGUAUCUGGGGAUAAUUCAAUGGUUCAACAUAUCCAAACAUCAGAAAAUACAGAUAAUUCUUUUAGUGGGGUUAACUUCAAUUAUAGUAAGAUUUCACCAAACUUAAAGAAUUGUUUCCAUCUUAUAUCUAAAUUAAUGAACUUAAGUCUGCACCCUAAUUUAGAGGGAUUUCAAUGGCUAUGUAGAAUUACUGCUAUAAAUACUUUAACCCAAAUGAGUUUUGAAGUUAUAAAGACUAUUUUCCAUUGUAUUUCUUUGGAAAAUCUCUUGGGAUUUAUUAGAGGCAUCAUGAAUUCUAAUAGGAAUGAAGUAAAUGAGAUUAUUGAUUUAAUUAGGCACUUGGAUGAGGCAAACAUCUUUGUUCUUAUUGUAACCAGAUUAUUAAAAAGUAAACAAGAUUGUAAUUUGGAAACCAGUGAGGUAUUUGACUACGAUUCAAGUUUUUUUAUUAUACUUAAAGAGUUAUUGAAAAAGAAUACUGAUUUCUCUUCUAAUAAAGACUUUCAAGCUGAAAUCUUCAACAAAAGCUUAGAAAUAGAAGAUCAACUUUCAAAAGAUAACAUUUUAACCCAAAACUUGGCAGAUUGGCUUAAAAUUCAAAUUGAAACAGAGAGAAGAAAUUGUUCUACAUUAGACUGGAUGUAUAAGUAUUAUGAUAGUUUUAAGAAUAAGAGUAGUAAACAAUUCAUGAGUCUCCGUAAUCCAGUUUAUCGCAAUAACUGUGACAAUAGAAUUGUACUUAACAUACUGAUUAAUAUUUUUAUUACUAAUGGGAUGAAGAUUUCUCAAGCUAAUAUUGUGGAAUUAAUUUCUAAUAGGUUUGAAAAGGAACUAAUUUUUGUUAGAUCCAAAAACCAAGGCCAUCCAAAGAAAAGAGAUGGACAUUAUGUACAGAGGGGUAAAGAAACUUUGGAAAAUCUUGAGGAUCCUGAUAAACCUUGUCUUUUCGAUCAAUCUAAAAAAUCGGUACCUACAACAACAACAUGUGAGAAUUAUGAAAAUAAAGCGAAAGCAAGAAGGAGACUCAGUAGUUCAAUGAAUGUAAGAAAUACUGAGAUUGGAACUUCUCAAGAUCAAUUCUGUACAGAAGAGAGGGUAGAUCAUAAUGUUCAUCAUGAAGAUGAAACAAGAGAUGAUCUUCUAGAACCUUUGAGAAAUCUUAAAUCAUCCAAGGAUUACUUGAAGAAUGAUAAGAACAUUAUAUUCUGGAGAGAAGUGAUUUUUCAAAUAGUGGAUCUCUUGGUAAAGCAUUCUCAGGAGUGGUUUGAAGCUAAUUACUACUAUUACCAUAAAUAUAGUAAAGAUAAUAAGGUGGAUAAUUUAAAGCAUCCAGUCUGUAGUUCUGAUUUAUCUUCCAAAAAUACUAUUAGAAAUGUAAUGUAUAAUGUUUACAAAGACAAGAGUGGAAUUUAUACAUCUUCAGAGAUCAUUUGGUUUGGGCAUCUACUUAGAUAUGGAAUAACUGAGGUAUUAGGAAAUGUUAUAUCAUACAACUUAUGUUGUUCGGAUCUAUUAAUGAACAGCUUAAAGAGAUCUGAAGAAAGCAUUGAAAACUUUCAAUAUCUUCAUCCAGCGGUAAUAGGAAGAAUAAAGAAGCAGUUAUUAUACCUCCUUAAUGAGAAUUUGGUCAAUUUAAACAUACGAAUUAUAAGAGAAAUGGUCAACUUUAAUGAGAAAUUCUCAGAUUUCUCCAGAGAUUUGUUUGAUCAUGAUCUUUUGAUUUUAGGAGGAAUUUUGAAUCAAGAGUCUAUACAUUCUGUGGCUGAAUCUCAUAUACAGUUUAAUUGGUUGUUAUCUCAGUUAUUUGUUUGGGCAAGUAUUGAUAUUUCCGUGAUAUUAAGAGACUAUUUAAUCAAUUCUAUUAAAGAGAAGAGCUUAAUUCAGUUAUCAACUAGUAUACAUCCUAUUAUCUUGAGAAAUGUGAUAGAGAAUUUACUAGAAUAUAAAAGUUUCGAUCAUUUUAGUUUGAAACUAUCAAGCUUAAUGAAUCCAAAAUCUGAAUGGAUUGAUAAUCUAUUAACUGUCUUAUCAGAUCAGGACACUGAUAAUAAACCAAACCAAACAAAUGAGUCUAUUGAUGGGAAUUUGAUUAUGAAAAUCAUUAAUUCUGAUUCGGAAAGUAUCAAGUCACUAGGAAAUUAUUGGAAGAUUUUUCAUCCAAAAUACAAAAACCUCCAAUUAGCCGUUUAUUCUGUAAUAAUGCAUCUCUUUGGAGUCGAUGAUAUCUCUACACUCGACAAUAACAAAAUUGCAGUUUUAGAGAUGUCAUUAAACAUUUCAAAAAAGUGUUGUUCACAGCUUUUGUCUAAUUUGCAGGUACAAAGCAGUUCAAAUGGACAAGAGAAUAUGGAUUCUCAACAACAAGCCAAAAUCAAGGAGAAGUUCAUAGAAAGUACAAUUACAAGAUGCAAAUGGAUUAUUGAGAAUGUUCCAUUUAACCUCUGCAAUAGGUACAGAAAUCCUAUAAUUACUCAGAAAGAAGAUGGUGAUCAUUUUGAUGUCUUUUGGAAUAAUGAACAAGAAACACUAAGUUUUGGUAGUCCUAACUCAGAUAAUAGAACAAUAAUAGAAGGAAAGAAGAAGAAUAGAAGAGCUACUGAUACUAAUAUUAUCUUCAACAGUAAUAGCCAUCAUAUAGGCAUGCUUAAGCAGCUCUUAAGUAUUAGAAGAAGAUCCUCUCAGCAGAGUAUUGAAAAUCCUAUCAUUACCUCAAUGGGGUCUUUUGGAGUCACAACUUCACCUUCUAUUUCUUUAUCCUCAAGACUUAAUAGAAAUAACUCAGACCCUUCUGUUUUUUCAAAUUCAACAAACUCUCCAAAUUGGAGAGUAGAUAACUCGUCAAUUCCUAUUAAUAUUGAGGAUCACGGACAUAAACCUGGUCUUGAAGAGAAUAUAAGCGGUGAUGAAAUGGAUUCAAGCCAAAUUUUAGAUCUUUAUAUUAAUUUUAUUAUGAACGGGCCUACACAAAUUCAGGAUAUGAAUAAAGUUGUUAAGAGUCAGAUAUUCUACUCCUUCCUUAAGUUAAUGACUCUUGAACAGAUCUACAAAAUUACAUCAUACCAUAAAUGCUUUAAAAUAUCUCUUCAAUCAUUUUUGAGAUACGAAGGUUGGCUAUAUAUUCGUCUUGCUCAGUUAGUGAUGAUCUAUGAAUUUAAAUUCAGAUCUUUACUAGAGCUUUGUUUUGAAAAGAGGAGUAAAAAAAGUUUAUCUUCAUCAUCAUCUUUGGAUAGUUUAUCACAGAUCCUUUCUGUAGUAGAAACAGAAAGAAAGCCUUUUUCUGGUGAAACUUUUAGAUAUAUAGGGAAAAUUGUAAAUAAUAUCCAAGAGUGGAUUACUCAAAUCUUUAACAAUAAGAUUCUACAAAAAAAACAAUUCCAUCAAAACAUAACGGAAAACGAUGAGUUCUGGUUUGACUCCUCACUCAGACUGGUAAUACUAUACUUUAUGAUUGUUUCAAGAAAAAAUAAUGAUGAGAUCUCAAUACUUAAAAAUAUCAGUUCUUGUAUAUUCCCUUUUAUUCAGGAACAAGAAAUAGAUCAGGAGAUCUUAAAACCUCAAAUACGAGAAUCAAGUUCAUUUGACAAUCAAAUCACACUUGGAGAUUCUAUAACUGGACUUAUUAUUGCUGAAAUGAAGUGCCAAGACGAAAAGAGCUUAAUUCAAGUAUUUCAGGAACAAGGAUACCAUAUAGAACAAAUUCUUCAAGAACCUAAUGGAGAUCAAAAUGAUACUCGUAUCAUCUUAUUCGUUCAAAGACUUUCAAGUUUACCAGUUUAUUCCAUUCCAAUAUUUGUUAAUAAAGAAAAGUUUAGUUCUUUUUAUCAAAUAAGCUAUAACUCUAAUUCCAAUCUAUUAAUCUUUAAGCCUGAAGAUGAUGAUAACUGUGAUCCAAUUUCUGAAAAUGAUCAAAUGUUCUUUUACUAUCAGUUCCAAAUAAAGGUCAUGGACAACUCUGAAAGUUCAAUUCUUUCAAAUCAAACUAAUGCGAUGAACUCUAAAGAUGAAUUUAAGUUUGAAUCCCUGGUACCCUUACACACUUGCAAUAGGUAUCUGAACAAGGAUCAUGAACAAAAUCAGGGAUAUUUUAGUCUAAAUCACACAGUUAAUGAUUUAGAUAGUGUAAAAGGAUGUGGAUGUACCAUUGUUGGCCUUUACAGUAAGAAGAUUAGAAUAGACCAAAUAACUUUUACUAUUUCUGGAGGAUAUGGAGGAUUUAUGUCCAAAAGUAAUAGUAACAUUGGAAAUCGUUUUAUUUCAAAUCUUAGAGAAGAUUCUAAACUCAAGGAAGAAGAAUCUGAUCUUUAUUUGAAAAGAUCUGAAUUUAACCAGUCAUUAAAUUCCUCCCACAUGACAUCUUAUUUAUCAUUUUCAUCAUCCUCCUCAUCAUCUUCUUCAAUUAUUCUAUUGAACAGCUUAAACAGAAUAAAUAGCAUAAUUCUCAACAAUAGCUACAUUACAAGAUUAAAAAAGAGAGGGUGGAUAUUGUUUAAAACAUACCUUCUAACUACUUUAAUAUCAGGAGGAAAUGACAAAGCUAUUAAAGAAAGAAUGAUAUCCUAUACUUUUAGUAUCCUCACAGCAAUCUCAAAAAAGAUACAAGAAACUCAAACAAUAGAAGAUUCAGUCAAAGCUGGAGAAGGAGUUAACAGAAAUGAAGAGGUUAUUGAGGAGCUGGAACUUUAUGUUGAAGAUAUUCUGAACAUUCUUAUUUACUCAAUACAGUUAACAUGUUACUCAACAAGGCUCAAAAAAGACGAGACAGAAAAUUUGCAAGAAACAGGAAACCAGAACUUGAGUAAUAAUCAGAAUUCAGGUGAUUUAGGAGAUAUUUCAUAUUCAAUCCUGAUAAAGUUUUUAAAGUUACAUAAUGGUGAGAAACAUAUUCUGAAAGAUCUAUGGACAAGAAAUUCAAAAAUUGAAGGGAAAAUCUCUGCUUUAUUGACUGAAUGUAUUAGACAAUGUACAUUGAAGGAUUUAACUUCAGACUCUAACCGAGAAGGAAAUUCUUUUAAAAAUGCAAAAAAAGAUAAUGGAACUGGUUCUGAUAUACUAGAUUUCCAAAAAACUCAAGAAUGGAUACUUCAAUUAAAUGAAGUUACCCAGAACAAUAAAGAAGCUACCAAUAAUAUUUGUAAUUUCUCAGUUACCCUACCAGAUCUACACUUAUUCCCUAGAUCUUUCCUCAAAUGCAUUUCUUGUGAGCUUAUUAAUUAUAAUACAGAAAUUCAAGAUGUUGAUUCUAAAUCAAAAGAUACUCCUACAAAUCAAAACUCUAACUCUGAAUCUGGAUCUGGAUCUGGAUCUAGAAAUACAGGACCAGGAACUACAGCAAAUGGAGGAGAUAUACACCCAAUAGGAACUAAUAGUGGAGGGAAUGAAAUUCCUUCCGCAUUCAGAAACCAUCCCUACUCUUCCACCUUCAUUGGAGCACUUCCAAAUGAGAAUUUUAAUGUGAACAUUGAUGGAAGGGUUGUUCACUGUAGCUUGGCAUCUAUGGGAGGUGGUAUCGUAAUUUGUAGAGCUCCUUUAACUUUCAGAGGUCUUCAAUCUACAGGAUUGUCCAUGCCCCCUAAUAUCCUUUCAUUUAGAGUUCUUGGAACUGGAAGAUUUGGAAUAACUGUGGCUCCUUCAAAUGUAUUGACAAUGCCUUUGGAAGAGGUAUUUCAACGAAAUGAUGUUGUAGGUUUUCGACCACAACCUCCCUCUUCUUCUUCUUCAGAAAUACCCAAUUCUAAUCUUUACCAAUUACCAGAGAAUAUGUUUGCAUUGGAAAUACCAUAUGAAGAAGGAACCGUAAUUGACAUAAGAUACGGAGUAAGCACCAAUUCUUCUGGAUUUAUUUUAAGAUCUGAGAUCUUUAUUGGAGGGGAAAGUAUUGGAAGUGUCUUGGAAGUUCAGUUUAAUGAAUUAGCUCAGAUUUCUGAGGAUACUCGUCUUUCUGUCAUUUUUGUAAUCUUAGAUCCACUCACCAUACUUUAUGAAGGACUUCCUUUUUCUACCAGAUAUAGAAGAAGAAGCAGUACUUGGUUUGAAUCCAUACAAAGUGGAAGAAUAGUAACUCAAGAGCAAAUUCAGCAAUUAACCGCAGGAUUACCCUCCUCUUCAGCCUCUCCUUCUGUACAAAAUCUAGCUCUAAAAGACUUGGACUUUAAUAAUAAAAACCAAUUACUUAAUGUCAGCUUUUUGAUUUACAUUCAGAAUAUCAAACUUUUUCAGGAAAUUUUGGUUUCUAGUCAUGGAUUACUCUCAAGUCUAAAAGAUAAUCUGGUCAAAUCUAUACAAAAAAGUAUCUUGUCAAUCAGUUUGGAUUAUGAAAAAAACCUUGAAAAAUUCUUUUUAGUAAAGAUUUUAGAUGAUGAUAAAUCAAAUUCUUUGGAAUUAUCUAUUAUUAAUCAGGAAUUAAAUACUGAGACAUCACAAUUACUUGAUUCUCUUAUUGAGAAGACUUUACUUUUGUGUUCCAUAUGUACCAUCUUUGGAAUUGAUUUGAAUCCUUUAGAAGAGCAAGAUGAAGUAGAUACUCUACCUUUAAAACACCAAGAGAACUUAAAUUACAAAGAUAAUUCAAAAAACCAUGUUGAACGAGAACUUUUAUUAAGAAGAAGAUGCUCUAACAUUACCUAUGGGGACCUCCCUUGGCUAAGCAGCAGCAUAGAUAGUGGAGUUCUGUGUUAUUCAUCUCUUUUUGGUCUUAAGCUUUCACAUUUAGAACUAAUAUUGGAAGGAUUUUAUCAACUUUUCAAUAUAAGAUUUAUUCAUCAACUUUACUUUUUAUUGGGAACAGAAAAUCUUAAAAUUAAUAUAUCUGAAGAUCUAGAAAACAAAGGAGAUAUUUUGGAGCUCCAAAAACAUCUUUUGGAUUCACUUUCUGUAUUGAUUUCAAGAUCUUCACUUGUGGUUUCCCUUAUUUCUAGAGUUGUAUUGGAAUUUUGUCAUGGAAAUGAUGGUCCAAAACUUUCAGAAAAAAUGAAAAACAUACUUUUUGGAUUCUUUUCUCUAAUGAGUAAUUUCUCUUUUUAUUCUUGUGGAGAAACAAAUAAAGAAAUAAUAUCUAAACAAAAAACUAAGGAAUACAAUCUUUUUGAUAUAUUUUCAGUAGAAGAAAAAGAAUUUCAAAAUGAAACUCAAGAUAGGUUUAAACCUAUUGAAACACAGGAUCAAAAAAGUUUAUAUGAUAUUAUUACAAGUACAGGUAUCGAAUGUGAACAGAAUUCAAAAUUUGAUCAAAUUCAAGAUCAUAAUCAAUUUGAAUGUUCUAAUGCAUUAUAUGAUUUACCAGAAAUAAAAAUGAAAACUAUUCUACUUACUCAAGAUUGUAAUACACUUUGGAAAUGGAUCUUGAGACAAAGCUUUAUAGUAGGUGAUAAUCAUCCAAAUCUUUAUCCAAGAAUUAAAUCCAUUAGACAUUUAGAUAAUUCUAUUUAUGGAAAGCUUAGCAUGAACCAGAGAAUCUUUAAUCUAGAAGGUUCUAACCCAAUUACUGCAAAGAAACUUGUAUUAAAGUCUAAUGGUACUAUAGCAACUUGGUCCAUUAAGAUCUCAGCUAUUGACACUUUAUGUAAUAUAUGUGGAAUUAUACCAGAUCAUAUUAAUAAUUUACUUUUCCAAGAUUUGAAAAAUCAAAAGGUUAUUUCUCAAAGAUUCUAUCAAAUUAUUCGUAUUAUGAGAAUAUGUACUUAUUUCAUCAUUAGAGGAAGAGAAGAUUUUGUAUUCCCAGCAGCUCAUCAAAAUAUGGAUGAUAAUAAUCAUCUUUCUCCUUCUCCUGAUUACUGGCUUAUGUUUAAGAGAUCCAUGUAUAAUGAUAUUCACAAUAGCUCAGAAAUCUCAAUUAAAGAUUCUACAAAGAAAAUUCUUAACAGAAUUGAUAGUGAAAGUACAUUAACUGAUAAACUAUAUUCUUGGCAAAGACUUAUAUAUAUCACAGCUUGUUAUUUAGAUAUGGAUCUAGAAACUGAUCAAAUUUCAGAUCAUAUUAUCGACUCCUUAGUUAUAGAAAAGAACCAAAUAAGAGAAAUUAUUACCAAUUUUUUAAAGACUGAGGUUAUAUUCCAUCUUAUUGGAUCUUUAAUUCAAAUCUUCUCAAUACGAAUCAAAGAAACAAGUAAUGGUCAGUCCUCUGGAAAUAAUUCAAAACAACUCAAAUAUUCUUCUCUUUCCCCUUCUGUAUAUGUUGCUCAUUGGUUAAUGGAUCAGUUUAUCAGACAUCCACUAUGUCCGAGCUUUAUCAGAUCUUCUAUUGUAAAUAGAUUAACAUGGAACUUUCUUUUUUCUCUAUUAACUAAUGGACUCUAUAUCCCAACAAAACUAGCAAUUGAUUCUUGUAGAAUGACUUAUUGGAUUACUAAUCAUAAAAAAGAUCAAAAUGAUCAUCAUCAAACUAGAGAAAUUAUUAAUCAAACUCAAGGUAUACUUGAUUCAAUAUGUUAUUGUGUAUCAUGUAUUUUGUCUUUAUAUGAAAACAAAGUUAAUUAUGAUGGGGAAAAUCCUCUAGUUAAUGUUAAUAAUCUUCCAGUAUUCAGGGAACUAAUUCUAGGCAAAAUACCUAUUACUCAACUUGGAUGGGAUUACUUUACUUCUGCUGAAGAUUAUAAACCAAUCAACAGACAAAAAAUUAACACUACAUUGGUUUGUCAUUUUAUGGCAUGUUCAGCAAGAUGUAUUUUGGAGUCUUCUGAUCAAUAUACUUUAUUACCUCUUCCUCAUAUUCUAUCAUUCUUUAAUAGAUAUUUAAGCUUUAUUUCUAUUUCAAAUCAUUUAAUGUUAAGUACCAGUGACACUGUAAUACUUUCAAGUAACGAAAUAAACAAGAUGAGAUCUUUAUCAGGAAGAAGAUUAUAUAGAAAUGAAAUUUAUGAUGAAAUAUUUAAUGAUGAUAUUAAACCUAAUACUCUUUUCCCAUGGAAAUAUAUACAAAAUACCUUAAACUAUAUUAACCCUAAAAGCAUGUUAUUAAAUCUUGGAGAAAAUCCUAUUUGUCAGGAAUAUCAUUCAGUUUUAAGAAUUAAUUAUGGAAAUUCUUUAGAGAAUGACUUGAUAGAAAAGAAUAAAAGAAGAAAUCAGGGUAAUAAUGGGUAUAUUAGUCAGAAUCAAAGUCUAGUAAAUUUACAGUUAAAUAAAUUACAUAAAAGAAAUUCAGGAUUUAUUGGAUUUAAGAUUAAACCUGUAAAACUAGAGUUUGAUUACAAAAGAAAUGGUAAAGUACCAAGAAUUUUGUAUAGUAUUAAUAAUAAUGGUAUAAAUGGAUUAAUUUAUGAAUAUGGAGGAUAUGAAAUUGGCCAAAAAGAGAUUCAGUUUAAAGAGGUAGUAAAACAUUCUUAUGAAAAUGGAGAGAUUCAAUUUGAAGAGAGAUUUAAUAUUAAAAAAAGUAAAUUUAGAGUGAUUAUUAAUUCUGGACAGAAAAGUACAUCUCAUUGUUUUAGAUCUGAUAGUUUACUUUAUGUAAAUGGUUUACAUUCCAGUAGUGUAAAGACUUUUUUUCAUAUUAACAAUAUAUCAGAGUCCAAUAUUGGAAGUAACUCUAUUCAUCCAAUUAAACUUAUUUUAUUUGGAGGAAUAGUUUUUGAGAGACAUUUAAGUGAGAAAGAAAUUUCAUCAUUUUAUACUAAUUGGAUUCAAAGUGAGUUAUUCCAAAAGCUUAAACCAAAAAAAAGAGAUACAAAUAUUAAGAAUGAACUUCUAAGCCAAAGAAAUGGAUAUCUUGGUAGUAUAUUGUAUUCUUAUUAUGAUGAUAAAUGCUUAAAAUUUGGAGGAGAUGAUAUUUCUCAAAGUUUAACGAGAAUCAGAGCUACUUCAGAUUUUUCUAUACAAACCAGAGUUAAACAGAAAUUCUUAGAGAUUACUAUGGUGUUCCAAAAUCGUCUUUUGAUUUUGGAAGUAAAUGGUAUCCCAGUUGCUAUUACUGGUUUGCCACCUGAAGCUAGAUUUAUGCUUCCAAUUAUUUACUUGGAGAGUAAUAAAAGCAUUUCUUCAAAUUCUACUCCAGUAUCAUUAUCACCAAAUCCUUCUUUUUCUGUCCCAAAUUCUGAAUCAAAUGACUUGGAAAUCCGACCAAAAAGUUUAAUAUACUGUGAUAUUAUUUCAAUAAUAGAUUAUCUUCCAGUAAUAUCUGAAAAUUCAAAGUCUAAAGAUAAUGUUCAAUUUGAGAAUGAUUCAGUGAAAUGGAUUCCAACAGAGUUCAAGCAUAGGUUUGAAAUUCAAGAUCAAAAAACUGGUAACAAUGAUUUAAUAGAAGCUGGAAAUCCUAGUAACAGAUUUACAAUGCUAAAGAUUCAAUCUUCUUUAAGAAAAGGAGGUAAUUCAAGCCAAAUUUUAAAUGAAGGUUCAACCCCAAGAUUAGAAUUGAAAUCUAAAAAGAGAAGUCUGUCUGUUCUGGGACACAUGCACCCAAAUAUUCCAAGUGGAAUUAGUUUCUGUAGUAGUAUUAAUACCAGUAGAGAUCUAUAUUCUUCAAGCUUAUUUAAAAAUUGGAAGAAUUGGCUGUUACCAGAAAACUCAGUUUGGAGUAUUAAUAGAUUUGAAGAUGAGAUUCUAACACAAAAUAAUGAUGAUGAAUGCUAUUUGAAUGAUAAUGAAGAAAUUAGUAUCAAAUCACGUCUAUUUAAGUCUCUAGAUCCAUGUAAAUCAUUUAGUAUUACUUUUAAAAUUCAGAAACAAAAUGAUUUAUCAGAAAGUUCUGUAUCUAGGGAUAAUUCAUCUCAUGUAUUUGGUGUUGGUAUAGAUUGGUUGGAUGGUAUGUAUAGAUUUAUAUGGGUGAAUGAUGGAAGGUUCAUAAUUCCUUCUUUACCUCCUUUACCAUUUGAAAUUAGUAAACUUUAUAAAGAGUAUAAAAUACCAACUAAUCACGAGAUUAUUAUCCAAAACUUGGGUUCUAAUGAAUUUUCAGAUCCAAGAUCUAAUAAGGUAUCGAUACCAAAAUAUGGAUUAUAUGACAAAAUUACUAUAGAAUUUCAACCAAGUAUACCAGCUUUAAUAUUCUUUAAGAAUGAUCAAUAUAGUUUUUCAUUUAAUUUCACAGAGUUUUAUAUGAGAAUGAAUGGGAAUUUAUCUUUAAGUUUAGAGAAUGUCCCAUAUAAUCCAUGCAAUACUUUAAAUGAAUAUGAUGAAAUUAAGAGAAAAAUGGAUCAUCCUGAGAAUUUAUCUGAGAAAAUGAUUUGGAUUAUUCGAACUCUUUUUGUGAUGACUAUUUUACAGAAUGAUGUACUUGUAAUGAGUCAUUUGAUUUCUAAAUAUGCAAAUUGUUUAAUAGAUUUGGAGAAGAGAGAGUUUCUAUUUAAAAUUUUAAUAACUGAAGAUCUUUAUAAUAAUAUAUUAAACUGUAUUCCAAAAUGUAUUUCAAGCUCAAAACUUACAAUCAGAAGCCUUCUAAAUAAUAUUUAUGAUUAUUUAAUGUUUCCAGAUCCCAGAGAAUUCUUUUCUAUACAAGAACAAUCGUUGAAUUGGAACUUAUUGGAUACUUUCUUUUCAGUUAGUUCACAAGAUGAAACAGAUUCUUUAGGAUUUAGUUCUUCAAUUUCAUCUUUGAAAACUUUUUCAGAAAAAAGAAGUCAGAAAGUUGUUAAACAUGAGACACCAUUUUGGUUAGCUUGUUGGAUAGGAAAUGAGCAUAUUAUUCAGUAUCUUCUUAGAUUUGUUCAUGUUGAUAACAGAGCUUUAAAUCUUAUGGAUAAAGAUGAUCAAUUUUCCCUUUAUAUUGGUUGUUUUGGGAUGCCAAUUGGAAAUGGAGAAAGGGUUGAUUCAGGAACUGCUAUUACUCCUAAUACUACUAUUAUUCCUAAUAACUCUUCUUAUUAUUCUGUUUCUCACUCUAAUUCCCUUAAGGUUAAAUAUUUAAUUCAAACAGAAAACAGAAGUCUGUAUUUACAGAAAGAAAGAGUAGAAUCAGUAUCAGGAGAGAAGAAAGAAGACUCUCUUUUCCAGACAGGAUUGAUGGCAUCUAUAAUAAGUGGAAAUGCAAGGAUAGCAUAUAUACUAAUGGUUAUUUAUGAUUCUGAUGUUAAUAUUCAAGACAGACAAGGAAAUACAAGUUAUCACUUUGCUGUAGCCUUUGGUCAUUUGGAUAUUAUUCAACUUCUUUCUUAUAAAGGAGUAAAUCCUUAUAUUAUGAAUAGCCAUGAUCAAUUUGCUGGUUCUCUUUACAGAAUAAACCUCAAAAAAUUCUUGGAAAAAGAUAGAAAUCAAAAAGUAACAGGUCAAUCUGACCAAAAUACAGAUCAAGGUUCAGUUGAACAGAAUAAUUCUACAUCUGGUUCUGCAUCAGGAACAAGAAAUAAUGUAAAUGAUUGGGUAAUGAGUCCAUCUCCUCCAAAUAUCUCUUUUCAUAGUGAAAAAGAGGAUAUUGCAGAGUUUACUCAGCAAUACGAAAAGUUAUAUUGUUUUUCAGUCUUCAAUGGUCAAAAAAUUGAGGCAGAAAAGGAGGCACAUAAAUCAUCUAUUAACAUGGAUAUCCAAAAUAAAUCUAACUUACUUCCUCCUUAUCAGUAUCCUUGGCCAGGACUAUUUUCUGAUUGCCAAAUUGUAGCUAUGAUUGAUCCUGAAUCUUCUAGUUCAAGAGAUCAGUCAGAGAUUUAUAUCUCCAUAGAAUCUCUUGAAGUUGGGGGAGUUCUCCAAAAAAAACCUCUCAUGGAUGAUUCUGAAAGUAAAGAUCUUGAAAAAAUGCAAAAUGAUACCAAAAAUAAGACAAAAAAACAUCAAGAUCAUUUGAAUAAGAUAUAUGACAAGAAAAGAAUCAAUAUACACAUAAUUCAGUAUCUUUUUUACAGGUGGAUUAGAUCAAUCAAAUGUUAUUCUGGAUCAGGUUCUGUUUCUGGAGGUAUAUCAACAAAUAGCAUAGUAAAUGUCUCCAUUAAUAGAAAACCUGAGACAGGUAGACCAACUGAUGAUUUUGUGUAUAAUGUAAAUAGUAUUAAUUAUUAUUAUCAUAAUAAUACUAAUACUAAUACUAUACCACCUUCACAAAGUGGAUCUCCAAGUAAUCAUUUUGGACAUGAUCAAUCUGGAGUAACUCAAUUCUCAAUCUCCCCAUCUCCAGUUUCUUCUAUUAAUAAUUCAUCUUCAAACCCUCCACCAAUAGUAGUAGGGGUUACUUCUGGGAUUAAUACUGGAUAUAAUAGAAUUAACAAUCAUAGAGGAAGCUUAACUACUAUUUCUGGUGAUGUACAAAACUCAGGUCCAGAAUUACAAAUUCCAAAUCGUUUUGGUAAUCUAAGAUCUCCAGGAAGAGCAGUUAACUUUAAUACAUCUUUGGGAGAAUCAUUUGGAACAAUGAUUAUUGCUCCUAAUAAGAUUGUGAUAACCCAAGAAGUAAUGGAAGAGAUAUAUAAUGGACUUUCUCAAGUAAGAAAUAUUAAAGAAUUGUUAGACAUUAUCCAUGUAAUUUACAAGUAUAUAGCUCAAGUUUUGACUGUAAAAUGUUCAAUGGGAGGAGGAGGAAGAGUAGGAGGAGGAGGAGGAGGAGGAGGAGAAGGAUUCCAUAAUAUGGGAAAUAUCGAAAUUAACUUUCCAAAAAAUGCAGGAAUUAGUAGUUCUGAAUCGAGAGAAAAUCUUGAAAAUGAACAAAAUUCUUUGAAAGCAGAAAAAAUAGAUGAGAAACAAUUUCAAGAACAAAUGGUUAAAAUUUGUUGGGAGUUAUUAGAGAUGGAGGAGGCAAUUGAUAGAAAUUAUGGAUACUAUCCCUAUUGGAAUAUGGAACAUGAAAGAUUUAUUUGGAUUCAUAACAUAAGAAAACUUCUUUCUCUAGUUAAUAAUGAUUAUGAGAAUAAUCUAGACUAUAUAUCAUGUAACUCUUGGAUUGAAUGGAUACCUAAUUUGGAUCUUUUUGAUAAGAGUCUAUAUAACAAAUAUAAAAAGUCUUUAUUAAAUGAUAAAAACAUAAAUCAAGAAAAAUUGGAUCAAAUUGGUAAUCAAAUUUUUGAUUUCCAGUUCUUAGCAAGACCAAUAAUUUCAUUAGAUAUGAAAAUCUUAUCUAAGAUGCACCAAAACUGUCAAACUGUUAUAGAUCAAAAAUUAAUUCAGCUUUUGAAUAUAGAAUUGGGAGAACAACAAAUAUAUAGAGUAAUUUUAUUUGAACUUUUGAGACAAAUUAAUUUUAUUGAUAAGCCUGAGUUUGAAGCUAAUAUUGAUAAAAAUCUAAUCAAAGAAGAUGAAUUUAGAAAUAAAUCUAUGGCUUUACUUGGAAUUAAAACAUUAGAUAUCUCAAAAAUGAUACCUAAACAUGACUCUAAUAUAUGGAGUAGAACCAAAAUUUCACAUUCAGAUUCUUUGGAUAUGAUUCGAUUUGUCUCAAAUGCAAUAAAAAAUUUAUUUGCUCUAAUAUUAUUAAAAUAUUGUUUUACCAAAGAUGAUGAAAUUAAAUUAAUUGGAAAUCUUAAAUCUGAAAAUUCGAUACCUGUUGAUCUAUUUGAUCUUGAGACAGAUGAAAAUCAAGAUUCAAAAUAUGAUGAUUUUAAUUAUUUGGACUUUGAGAAAGAUGAAUUUAGAAGUAAUAAUUAUGAAAACUCUGAACCUAAUUUAAUUGAUAUAAAUAACUUAUACUAUAGUGAAGAAGAAUUUCCUUUUAAAGUAAUAGAAAUUCUUUUGACAAAUAUUCUUCCUAUAUAUACAACAUCAAUGGAUGUAUUUACAAAGAUCCAGUUAAGCAACAAUGCAAAUGGAGCAAAGAAUCAAAUCAAGUUAAGAUUACAGUCUUUGUUUUGGUAUGUGGAUAUAAUGAAACAAUUCUUAUCUGGAAGAAUUUUACUUCUUAAUAAGUUUAAUGAUAUCUCUAAAUUUACAAUUCCAAUGAUUUCUGGAGUAUUUAAUUCACCAACCUUAAAAUAUGAGCAGGAAGAUUUUCUAAGAAUAUCUUCGCCAUUUUACUUCUCUAAUAAUUACUUUGGAGAUCUUUUCUGGAAAUUAACAAGGGAGAAUUUUGAGAAUUCUCAAAAUAUUGAUGAUAAAGUCAUUUUUAAAACCUUUAAUACUUAUUAUUUCCAAAAAGGUGGAAGAUUAAAAAAUAAGAUCUUGAGACAAGAAAUGAUGACAAAAAUUCCAUUAUUAUUAUUACAAUCAAGUAAAUUACUUGGGAGUUGGGGAUCAUAUUACAAUAUUUAUUCAUCACCAAGAUAUUUAAUUCAUGUAGGUCCUUAUGAUAUUCCCAUCCCAAUAAGUUCCUAUUUACUUCUAAAACCUUACUAUAAACUUAAUUUAGUUAAUUCUCUUUGGAAUGACAUCCUAAAGAGGUUAAUAGAUUCAAAAAAAAGAGAUGGAAAUGGGAAUUCUACAGCUAAUAAUGGAUUAACUGUUCAUUUGAAUAGAAAUCUAGCAGUUACAGGAGGAAAUCCUUUAAAAUAUUCUCUUCUUUCACAAUCUACAAGACAAAUAUUGCAUAUGCUUCCAGAAAAGCUAAGAAUUACUGAAAGACCAUUUCUUAUUGUAUUUAGAGGAGAGGGAAGUACUGAUUUUGGUGGACCAUUUCAAGAGUUUCUUUCAUGGAUUUCAAAUGAAAUAAUGAGUAAAAAUAAUGAGAAUAUAAAUAAGAGUGCCAAAAAUAAUGAUGGGUACCUGAAUGAAGUUAUGGGUUUGGCUCCAAAUCACCAUAUGUCCAAUGAAAACAAAUAUUAUGGAUUAUUUACUCCUUGUGCAAAUGCUCUUCACUCUAUUGGUCAUAACCAAGAUACUGUUUCUAUAAAUUCUAUGUAUUCUAAUUAUAAGACUACAAAUUCCUUAUAUAUAUGUGAGGAGUUUCUACUUUUUGGAACCAGAAAAGAGAAAGGAGUGAGUGAUACUCAGUCAGAAUCUUUGCUUACUAAGUUCAAAAGAGAAUAUUAUAGUAAAAAAAGUUUGGCAACUGGAUCAUAUUUUGGUACAGGAGGAGAAAUUCAAAGUUAUGAAUCCAAGAUACAAGAAUGUGAAUCAGGGAAUCCAGGGACUGAGUACCAAAUUUUUAAAGCAAUUGUUAAUAAGGUUCCUUCUUUAAGAUGUAACCAUAAAUACUCAGAAAACUCUAAGAUACUUAUAUAUACUAUAGAAAGUAAAAUCCAAUCUUUCUUUAGGAGGGAUCAAGAAAAUGAAAAUGAACAUGAAAAUGAAAAUGAUGAUGAAGUUGAGAAUACAAAAGAAGAAGUCUCAGUUGAUUCUGAACAAGAAGAGAGGGAAGAAACAAUUCAACUUAGGAGAACUGAAAGUAGAUAUACAUUAGAGAAUAUAUCUUUAUCCUCUUCACCAUCAGCCUCUUCACCUUCAAAUUCUUCACCAGUAUCGAUAAGAUCUGUUCCAGAAGAGAUCAACAAUACUGAGUCUGUAAAUAACACAAAUCCUACUCCAAUAACUACUCAACAGGAAGCUCCACAACCAAAUGUAGUGGAAGGAGACUUGGGAAUAAUACACAAGCUGGAGCCAUGGGAGUGGCCAAAAGAAAAAGAAACCAGCGAGAUUAUUGCAGAAAUGUAUGAAUGUUUGGGAAGACUAAUGGGAAUUUGUGUUACAACCAAAAGUGCAAUGAACAUCAAUCUUAAUCCUUUAAUCUGGAAGAAAUUUUCUGGACUUCCUCUCUCUAUGAAAGAUUUGGUGGAUGCAGAUUGUAUAGCUUAUGAGAUGCUUAAUUCUCUAAAGUCUAUAGAAAGCGAAAAUUUGAGUAACAAACAAAGAAUGGAAAAAAAAGAAGUUACUGGUUGUUAUGAUAAGUCACAAGAAACAGGAGCAGGAGUUACAAGUAUUCCAGAGAUUGAAGGUCUAACAUUCCAAAUAGAAAACAUGAAUGGAAGUAUUACAUCUCUGUUGAAUUUAGAAGGAGAAAUGGAAUCAAGUGUAGGAGUUACUCUUGAAAAUCUUCAUUUGUUUAUACAAUUAGCAGAGAGGUGCAGAAUUUUGGAUGAUACUAAUAUAAUGACAAAUAUCUUAAAAGGAUUCGGUACUAUUAUACCAUUAGGAAGGAUGAGAAUGUUAUUUAAUUAUCAAAAAAUUGAAUAUUUAAUAUGUGGAGAAUCAAAAAUAGAUUUGGUAAUACUUAAAAAUCAUACGGUUUCCCCACAUCCAGAACUUAAAGAACAACUAUUUCAGGUACUUGAAACUUUUAAUAAUGAACAACUUCAAAAGCUCCUUAGAUUUGUCUCAGGCAGGAGCAGACUUCCUCAAAUUAAUAAUAGCUCUAGCGAUUGGAAAUUCUCUAUAAACUAUGAUAACCCCGAUACUAUACAAGAUAAUAGGCUUCCUAUUGCAACAACUUGUGGAUUCAGAUUAUCUUUACCAAAAUAUUCAAGCAUAGAAAUCUUGAGAUCAAGAUUACUUUAUGCAAUUAAUAAUUGUGUUGCAAUCGAUUUGGAUGCAUACGUUACUCAUGAUAAUUAG